CACUGCUUCCCAUAUCCGCGUUUUGCGCCGUCUGGGCUACUCGAGUCGCCUCACAACCGGACUACCGAGGGCGCUUGUGCUCUUUCUCCCAUCUCAACAACAUCUUCACCGGGAUUUCUUUCAAACCAAAACCAUAUGAGAUGCAAGUUCACCGGGAAACUCCGGAGCCCGUUCGGUUCAGGCAGCAAAACUUUUUCUCAAAGGACACCACGGUGAAACGACGAGUGGACUGUUGCUGCUGCCGCCGCCGCUGCCCCUCCGCGGGACGGUUUGUGUGUAUAUGACCUGAGUGCUCAUACCUUCACGGUAUUGUUGUUUUUCCGGCGGAGUUGUUGUUAGCAGCGUGGCAGCGGCUUUAUUGUUGAAUUCAGUUCGGGGCUGGCUCUGGUCGCUCUCAGGCUGGGUGUUACUUGUGUUUUCGGGAGCGGUUUGUUUGGAAACAGAACCGAGGAGGGAAGAAGAAACGGUCACUCGCGAGCUCUUAGCCGUAUGACUGCUAGGCUCGCAGCCCUUUAAACCUCCCCGGUUUUUGCUCGCUUAGGCGGCUGUUGUCGGUCGUAUCUUCCGUCCGCUGCCCGGCCGGCUGCCUGGGACCCUUCGCCUGGGAAGGCAGCGAGGUAGAGGACACUAGGUGGUGGAGGUGGAGGAAGAGGUGGCCGGAGGAGGAGGAGGUGGUGGCGGUGGCGGUGAGCUUGACGGGGAGAAAAGUUCUUCCAAAAUAGCAGCCACUCGGCCCAGUGAUGGGGGACUUCGCCUCCCCCGCUGCCGGACCCAACGGCAGUAUCUGCAUCAACAACAGCAUGAACCCGGCCACCGGGAGUGUGGUGGCCGCCGGGGCGGUGGGCAUACCUAAACACAGCACGGUGGUGGAGAGGCUGAGGCAGCGAAUAGAGGGCUGCCGGAGACACCACGUAAACUGCGAGAACAGGUACCAGCAAGCCCACGCCGAGCAGCUGGAGAUAGAGCGCAGAGAGACGGUCAGCCUGUACCAGCGGAGUCUGGAGCAGAGGGCCAAGAAGUCGGCCGGCGGCAGCAGCAAGCAGCCGCAGAGCAAGCAGCCGGACCCGGACUCUGCCUCGUCUACGGAACAGAGGAAUAACACGCUCAUAGCGCUCCAGGAGACUGUAAAAAGGAAACUGGACAGUGCACGAUCACCCCUAAAUGGAGAACAGAAUGGCAUCUGUGAUGGAGGCAGCUACUCACCGACUACCAAACGGGUACGGAAGGAUGGCUCCUGUGGUUUGGACUCACUAACAGGUCUCCCUAACAACAACAAUAACAACAAUGUACCACCCAUCUCUCCACUGCAUCACCAAAUGGACAUUAAGCCCAUACUUGGCGGGCCCAACACUUCCACCGGAAACAACACUACAAACAGCAAUGGCAACCACAUAGGCCAGGCAUCAGACGAGCUGGGGAAGAACGGUGGCAGCCAUCUCCCAGACAUGAAGCUGAAUGGCUCGCUGCCAGACCUGGAGGACAGCUUCAGCCUCCUCAAAGACCUGAAACAGGAGCCACUGGACGACGGAGGAGGGAUGGAGUCCUCUGAUCCCCAGUCUCUGUCCAAUCAGAACAAACUGUUCUCUGACAUCAACCUCAAUGACCAGGAGUGGCAGGAGCUGAUCGAUGAGCUGGCCAACACUGUGCCAGAGGACGAUAUGCACGACCUCUUCAACGAGGACUUUGAAGACAAGAAAGAGGCAGAGUUUGGCAGGCCAGUGAACAAUCAGACACCAGGCCCACAGGAAGCAGCUGGGAAUACAACGGCACCUGGAGGCGGGGCGGCGCCAGCAGCAGCCCUCCCUCCUCCUCCUCAGCCGCCACAGGGAGGCCCACAGGUUCCCAUGGGCUCACCACAGGUCCGACCAUCAUCGUCAGGCCCUCAGUUUGCCACCACUGCCAAUGGAACGCCUCCACAGCAACCUUUGCAGCAGUCUCCAGCCGUUGCCAUGGCAUCAGGUUCCCCAUUGCACAAUUGUGUGGCUCGCUCCCCUCAGACCCCGACCCAGGCUCAGACGCAAGCAGUCUCUAGGCCGGGGAAUGGAUACAUGAUGAACCCAGGCCCAGGGGUCAGUCAAGCGGGCACAGGCCCUGGAGCGGCUGGGGUUGCACCUGGUGGUCAGCCUGUAGGGCCAGUGACACCUGAACUUUCUCCAGCAGAGCAGCUAAAAGCAAUGGCUCAGCAGCGUGCUAAACUGCUGCAGCAGAAGCAGCAGCAGCAACAAGCAGCUAACUGGUCCCCUGCAGGUGCUCCAACUAGCCCCUAUAACUCUGGUCCCUUUAACCAAGACAAACCCAACAGCCCCAUGAUGUACCCACCGCAAGCCUUUAACACACCACAGGGCCCUCUAGUGGCUGGGAUGGCCCCCAACAAUGGGCCCAAAGCCCCCAUGAACAACUACCUCCCUCACAACCACAUGGGCAUGAUGGGCCAGCAACAGCCAAACAGCAUCAACCAGAACACCCUGUCCAAACAACAGCAGCAGCAACAGCAGCAAACAGCAGCCAUGCUGUCCUAUAACAACACCAAACCACUGAGUCACUUCAGCGGUAGCGGGGUUGAUCACAUAGGCCAGAGGAUGACUCCACCCAUGGGAGGGAACAAUCAGGUCAAGAACCCCAUGAUGCCUCCCUACAUGGGUGGUGGGGGAGGCGGCAGCCAGGGCGCCGGGCCAGGGCAGACCCAGGGGCCAAUCCCAGGACAGACAGCACACCUGAGUGAGGAGCAGAAGAGGAUGUUGCUGAUGAAGCAGAAAGUGUUGAACCAGAACAUGCCCUACAGCGCCAUGCAGCCUCAUGGACAGGAACAAGGAGUGGUGGGAAUGUCACGACCACCGGGCGCCAUCCCGCCUCCUCACCCUGCUGGUGGCGUGGCCUCAGGUGUGGGGCCCAACCAGGGAUCAGGUCCACCUCCUGGCUACGUGGGGAACCAGCAGCAGGCGGCCAUGAUGAAGCAGAUGAUGGCGAUGGAGCAGGAGAAGAGGGUGCAAAUGCACAUGAUGGAGCAGCAGAAACAGCAGCUCUUCAGAGAGCAGAGACAACAGCAGCAGCAGCAACUGCUGGCCGAACAGCUCCAGCAGCAGCAGCAUCUCCCUAGACAGAUGGGCCAGGGCCAGAGGAAUCCAUACCCUCAAGUCAAUCAGUACCAAGGUCCUCCUCAGGAUCUGGCAUCCAGGAGCCAGGCUCUUCAGAACAUUCGGGCCGCCCGUCUCCUGCAACAGCAGCAGCAGAACCAGCAGCAGAUGGUCCAGAUGAGUUCUGUUCAGGGCCAGGGGGGAUCAGUGGGACCCCAAACUGACAUGGGCUUACCCUACGGCAACCAGGGGUCCAACCAGGGUUCCCUGUACGGGCUCAACCCCUCCAUGAGCCAAAUGAUCCACCAGCAGCAGCACCAGAGCCAAAGUGUCCAAGCCUCCAUGGGUCUUCCACCGCAGCACAACCCUGCCGGAGGGCCACCGCGGCAGGCAGGUGCAGGUCCUGGGGUCGGAGGGAUGCCCGGAGGCCCCGGAGGUGGUGGAGCUGGAGGGUAUGGAGGACAGGGGAUGUUAAUGAACUCCAUGACCCAGCAACCCCUCAAAGGCCCCCCUAACGCCAAAGCCCAAGCACAGAGACUGCAAAGCAUGCUGGGAGCAGGAGGAGGAGGUGCGGGAAUGGCGGCGGGCGGCUGGCCGCAGCAGCAAGGACAGAGUCUGCAGGCCAUGGGGGGAGGAGUCGGAAGGACUACAGGAGGAGGGGGAGGAGAAAUGGUGGGGUUCAGCUCUGCCCAGGGUUAUGGGAUGCAGCCGGGUCAACCCCCGCGCAUGGCCAAGCAACACUUUCAGGGCCAGGGGAUGAGCCAGGGAAUGGACCCCAGGGUGGGCAACCCAGCGGCCGGUAUGGGCGGCCCAAUGAUGGGCCCUCACAUGGGCGGUCAGCCCAGGACCAACCAGCCACGACCCAUGGUCAUGAACCAGGGGAUGAACCAGGGGGUGAUGGGCCAGGGGAUGUCUGGGAUGGCAGGGUUCGGACCAGGCCCUGGGGGGCCUGGAAUAGGGGCAGGGGGAGGAGGAGGUGGACCCUACGGACCAGGGGGAGUUGGGGUUGGAGGUCAGCCACCGGGCUACCAGAGGACAGCCAAUCAGGACAUGUCAUCCUAUGGUUAUGGGGGCGGGCCCUCAGGGGGAGGAGCUUUUGGACUGGGCGAUGGCUCAGGGGCGGAGCUGGACUCAAGCGAUGGUUGGAUGGAGGAGUUUUUCCCGAGCCAAUAGCCAACGGGGAAACUGGAGAUGAGUUUUUACUGGAUGAACUAAACAUUAAAGCAGGACAAAUGUUAAAACCUGAGAAAGUAAAACAAGACGGAUGACAUGAUGUGAACUGGCAUGUUUUUGUUUUGUAAAACAUGAGCAAGGUUAUAAAUGAGUUCUUGUGUUUUCUGUGUGCGUCUGUGUGUGUGUGUGUGUGUGUGAGAGAUGGAGAGAACGAUCAUUAUGUCUCGUGCAUAUUAAUGAAAAACCAAUAUAGAGAUUAAAAGGUGUGUUUCAUUAGUUUCCUUUUUUUCCUCCACGGAAUGAUUUUUUGUCAUGUUCCAGUGUUUGAAAGCGAGCCCCGUUUACACAGCAGCGCUUUGAGCCCGAGCUUCAGCAGGGGCUGAUUGAACACCGCAGACUGAUGAAGGGGAAGGAAGACUUGUUCUCAAGACAGCAAUUUAUUUGUGUUUGUGUGUUUGUGCCACCCAGCUCAGUGCUUCAGAUCUCUCAACUAUGUGAGGAGCUGAAGGGAGUAGAAAGCACUCUCAGCGCUCCCAUUUCCUUUCUUAGAUUUGUGCCCCCCCAUACACACACACACACACGCACACACACACACAAAUCUGUCUCCCUCGUGCUCUCUCACUUUGUUCUCUUCACUUGAUCUCUCUCUCUCUCUCCCAUCCUCCUUCCCUCUCUCCUCCCGUCUUUCCCACCCUCUCUCCAGAGACUCCUUCCUCCCUCUCAACACUCCUUUCUCUGUUUAAAUUGUGAACAUCAUAACAGAACAAAUGAUGUUCUUCUAUUGUGCCACACAAGCACACUCUGCCCUCUAGUGCUUUUGCUAGGUAACCGACCUAGGAGGCGUUUUUACGGGGGGGGGGGUUCAUUUCCUGUGCGUAGCUGUGGAUGACAGGUAUGCAUGCAGAGGAAAACAAAGAGAGUGAAAAGCAGAGAAAGAGGGAGAGAAUAGGCAGCUAAAGCAAGCACUAGGACUCAAAAGCUCAUACACACACAAGCACACACACGCGUAUACAAACCAACAAACAGACAAACAAUUAUCAGCCCGGGAGGAUGAGCGGAUGUGUGAGAGGCAGCUAACAGAGCUAAUAUUACAUUAAACCUUCUGCCUGUGUGACACAAACCACAUCACAUGCAUGAGGCUGACACAAAGCAAAACAGUCGCUGGGCACUGAAUGUAUUCAAGCACCGCAAGUGACUUCUUCUUUUUAAGGAAAAAAAAAAAGCUAAUUGAAAGCCCACCCACAUU